GCGAGCGAAUGCAAAUACCGCGUCACAGCAAUUGCGCCGUUCGAAUUGCAUGUAUCAAUACUAUAUAAUCCAAUGAAUUAAAUUCAAAGGAAUCACAACACAAUGGUACCUGUUGCUAAGAAGCCAACAAUUGCCGCCAAAAGGACACUGCGGUCCACGACUCGCGCGCAAACCAAACAGAAACUGGAUAAUAAAAAUGCAUCGGACGAGCGGAUCAAUGAAGCUCCCGAGAAGAGUGAAGAGCCAAGCACUUCAAUGGGAUCGACGCGAUCGACAAAAGUUAAAUUGACUAAAAAGAGGAAGGAAGUGGCCGAGAGGCCGAACGCCAAACAUGGGAAACGCAGUCAAACAAAGCAGCUGCUAAUUAAUAACAAUAACAAUAGCCAUAGCCAUAACAAUAACAAUAACAAUAAUACUAAGAAUAACAAAAGCAAUAACAAUAACAAUAUCGAGAGCUUGCUUAUAGAACCGCUGCCAAUGGAGCGAUACAAACUGCUAAAGGCUUUUUGCAUGCAAGUGUCCAAGUCGGACGCAGAGCCGCAGCAGCUGACAACGGCCGCGGGCUACACGCAGCAGCAGCUGCAGCAGUUCCUGUCGAACUCCACGCUCAAGAAGAUUCUGCCUACAUCCGUGAUCUUUGCCAGCCCGAGCUGUGCUCAGCAUUUAAGGCAAUUGGUUAGACUGAUCGACGCUUUGGAUGUGGUCAAGCUGGAGGAGCUAUUGGAUCUAUAUCACCUGGCCAUUGACAUGCAGAAAUACGAACAGCUAAACACCCAUUGCCAGGGCAAGCGCUGCGAGCUGCUGCACGCCGUGAGCUCUUUGGCCGUGCAACUGCAACCGGAGUACAUUGAAUAUAUUGCCAUUUGUCUAUGCGAUCGUCUGAUCAUUGGCGCUGGCAAGGAGCGCAUGCAACGUGUUAUCGAUAUGCAUGGAGCGCUGGUGCAGCUCAUUGCCGACAGCGACGUUAGUCGCCGUAUCGCCAUGACCAUCCUGCUGGCCACCUUUGCCAAAAUCUCGAGACUCGAGCUGCCCACACAAAACGGAGAUAUUAUAGCACUCGCCUUCGACCUGGUCAAGCGCGUCGACUGGAUGCGCUUGAUAGUCGAUGGCUGCCAGCCGGAUAUGUUUGCGCUGCUGCGCAGCUUCGCGCUGAUCAUCAAUACGCACGCGAACCGCCUCGCACAUCCGCUCAAGGACAUCGCCAUUGAGAUCCACACCUUUUUCAUGCAGCUGUUGCGCAAUAUGCACUUUUCCAGCAAAUAUAACAGCCUAAUCAUGAUGAUGGAACGUUUCAUUGUAUUUUGCAUUGUACGUGGAGCGACAGCGAGCUGUCAUUCUACACAUGUGUUUGACGCCGGAUCUCAAUCGAGCAGCUAACUGAACAGCCAAAACAUUCUAUUUAUUAAGAAAUUGCAGUUAUAAUUAGUUAAGUAGUUUUUUUUUCAAUUUGUUGCAUUUGUUACUAAGGCCAAUUUAGUUUUUUAGUUAAGUUCACGGUGUUCAACAAGUGUGCGAAAGCUUUUGAUUAUUUAUUUUUUUUUUUUUUUUUUGUAUGUGGGGUUAGGGCCAAAAAGCUUCAGACCUCCCAUAAAUUUGGGGGGUGGGCAAGCCUAGGCGGGUUUUCGGCAUUUGGUUUGGCUUGGCGGCGACAGAAAUUUUGUUGUUUUUAGUCGCGUUUCGGCCAAGCAAAGUGACGGAUAACCAUUUUGAUAUUAAAUAGAUAAAUUAA